CGAUGAAAAACUUACUAGCAAUUUAGAGACAGGUGAUGCUAGACAUUUAAACAUUCAUGAUAAACAGUCGAACAACACCGAGAAAAAAGAAACACGAUUGAAAUCAGCAGGAUUAACAAAGGAAAAAGAUGGUUCUGCACCAAAUAAAGAGUUGAAAAAGGAACCAAAACAGACCAGCCUAUCUAAUACGUUGCCAUCACGUAUUCCAGAAGCUGCACAAUCACAAAAAGAGCAGUCAAACAACAAUGCAGACUCAUCGAGUUCACCAACGAAACACCGUGCCGAUGACGUUCCAUCUCUAUCAACUUCUAAUUUUAUUAAUAUUCUUCUUCUCGGCGAAUCUGGUGUUGGUAAAUCAACAUUUAUCAAUGCUUUCGUUAAUUAUCUCCAAUUUGAUACUUUCGAAAGAGCUUGUUCGAGUAAACCUGUAGUACUCAUGCCUGUCUCAUUUCUUAUCACAGUUGGUGAUCAAUUUGAAGAACAAAUCGUUAAAUUUGGUGACGAUGAUUCUAAUGAAGAUCAUAACCAUCCGGGUCAAUCAGUAACUCAACAUUGUAGAUCAUAUGUUUUUAAAAUGAACGAAGAAAUGAAUUUGAGAAUAAUUGAUACACCUGGAAUUGGUGAUAGUCGCGGUAUACACCAAGACGAUCUUAAUAUGCAAAAUAUUUUAUUAUUCAUCAAUAAUCUAUCACAUUUAAAUGCCAUUUGUAUACUUCUUAAACCGAAUGAAUCAAGACUGAAUAUUAUUCUUCGAUCAUACUUCAAUCGUUUGCUUCAUUUUUUUGGUGAAAAUGCUUGCCAUAAUAUUGUCUUUUGUUUUACGAACACUCGAGCAACAUUUUAUGCUCCAGGUGAUACAGCUCCACUACUGAAAAAAAUGAUUAAUAAUGUACCAGAUAAACAUAUUCCAUUCAAUAAAGCGAAUACGUUUUCGUUUGAUAAUGAAUCGUUUCGUUAUUUGGUUGCUGUUCAACAUGGAAUUAAAUUUGAUAAAUAUCAAGAAGAAGAAUAUCGAUCGAGUUGGAAAGUUUCAGUAACUGAAUCAAAUCGUCUUUUUAAAUAUGUUUCUGAAGAACUGACAUCUUUUAUUGAUAUUGAAUGGCAUUCGAGUGAACACUUACAACUUAAAGUUAAUGAAAUAAUUCGUCCAACUUUAGAAGCAAUGCGAAAUAUUCUUCGAAAUAUUGCAUUACUAGAUGAAAAGAAAUCCAAAGCACAAAUAAAACUUAAAACUGUCGCUGUCUCACAGUCGUCAAGUAUUUGUUCUGAGUGUAAACGUAGUCCUAAGGAAUUUAACGGAAUGUGGAUACUACCUGAUGAUUUACAUUUAGUUCCUGAAAUGAGUAGCAAGUGCAAGUGUGGUCAUACGAAACAUAUUAAUGUUAAUUACAAACUUGAAUAUGAAACUUGGCAUGACGUGAAUCAGCCAUCGAUUAUGGAGAUGAAAUCGAAUUUCAAUAAACUUAAAGAAGUUAUUUUAGAUUUGGGUGAUUCAAGUAGUGGUCAAACAAGUUUUGCUCGAUGGUUUGUUCGCCGUCUGACUCAAACACUUCUUCUCAAUGGUCAACAUUCAAAUGAUUAUGGACCACUUCGUAUUCCAAUUCUUAUUCGUAUUGGUCAAGCUCUCAUUAUACUUGACGGCCUUGAUGAAGUUCCAGUGUCAAAUCAACGUUCAGAAAUUAUCAAUAUUGUUGAAAAUUUUGUUGAGACUUAUGUUCAGACACCUAAAGGAGUUUCUGUCUUUGACAAUGUAUAUUUAAGUAAAUUAUUAGAUGAUCCAUCUCGAUCAGAAGGUAAUCAAUUGAUUAUUACAAGCUGUAUAGUUGGCUAUCAUGCUGCCACAUUAGUUGGACAAUUUUCUCAUUAUACUAUUCGACCGAUGAAUAUGGAAUAUAUGAAAGAUUUUAUUGACUAUUGGUUCUUUCGUGUUCAUCAACGUAUAAUUGAUACAUUGGAUCUUUCAUUAGUUAAUCAAGGAGAAAAUCAUGGUGAAGCACUUAAAAAAGAACUAGAAAACAUUAAACAUACUGCACUUCUUGAUGUAGCUUCUAAUUUUUGUUAG